UGUCUAUCACUAACUCUGUAUGUCAGUUGUCUAACCAACACCUCGAAUUUCCAAAUAACGAGCUUUGUCUACUCAGGCCCAGGCUUAGCUCAGGCUCUAUUAUCUUCACUGCUCUGAAAUACCUGAAGGUUGAAGUUGUCAGUUUUUGUCCUGCUGGCAAGGUCAGGGCACGACCGAGCUGGUGGAUGCCAUGUCUCUCAUUAGUGACCCAGGAUACUUAGUCCACAGUCUAAGAUUGUCCUACCUGCGUAAUGUCGAUGAUCCAUAUGGCGGACGUAUAAUCUCCCUGAGCCCAUCCUACACCUCAAACCCUUAUAUUCUCGCAGCCUCACUUGCCGAUGUUCAUCGUUGGCCAGAACUCGAAUAUCCCUCUAGUCCACCUAUAUCAGAUGAUGAAUCGGAGGCUCCUGAUAAGCCCUCCUCUGGUUUCCCUGGAGCAACUGGUCUUAAACACCACCAAACUAUCAUGGGCAACAGAUCGGGAGCGUUUGGUUUGAGAGUGUCCGGUCGACGCGCUUCUACGUCGAAGAGAGCCUCUCUCAUCGCAAAUAGAGCUAAUAUGCGUAACGAGGGAGCAGAUGCGACCGCACUUGCCGCUCCGCCACGCGUCAACUUCAUUGCUGCUAGUGAUGCUGAUACGCGUCCAAUCACUUCAGAGCAUGGUGAUAUUACGCAACCUAUACCUGUACAACAUCAACCCGCACUAAGGAAAGAUGAUGUCCCUCCUGAGCUGCCUCCGAAGGACGUUCCAUUUGUGCCGAAAUUCAAAGGUGCGGCCGAAAUGGAAGCAAGGCGAAGAUUGCGAAUGAUGGCGCGCCGCGGUGUCCCAGCUUCCAUGCCAAAGGCACCCUCUGUGACGACACGUAGCCUCAAUCCCGACCUCUCUUCAUCCGACGACGAGGAUGGCAUGUUGGAGGAUGAUAACGAUGACGACUUUGAUUUGGUCGCUCCAGGAGAUGACAAUAUGGAUGAAGCUGACGAAUUUGAUCCAGUUUUUGCUGCGACCCGAGGCAUCAACUCGGACAGCGCAUCUGAUGAGGCCUCCAUUCUCUCAGGGACUGCCUCAGCGCUGUCUGGGUCCAAUCUUUCCACGCUAGAAACGUCGCCGUUUGUUGUUACCCACCCUCGGGCACGCUCACGACUCAGCCCCGUAUCUGAACAUCGUGCUGUGGAUGAAGCUCACGAGGGGUCUCCUCCAACCCUUCAUUCCAAGCCUAUCGAGACUUAUUUCGAGAUGAUUAGCCCAGCGCCAAAACCUGUUCAGCGAUCUGAUCCGCUACCACCCAAGCAAGAGACGCGAAGAAGAGGCGUCUCAAUCUCACUACCUGUUAUCGACACUCCGUCCGACAUGACAUUCACACGCAAGCUUGUCGUACCAGCGCGCCCGCAUGCAUCUGCUCUGACCGCUAUCCUUGCUUCGUCCGGCGGUCCCGCUAACCCAUUCAGUGAACUCUAUGGUGCCAUAUCUGGACGGGGAGAGACGGCCUCGAUGGACGUCAAGGUUUUCUUUCCGCAUGCAAAAGAACCUCGUGGUGAUCAUAUGACUCUGCACGUGCGAAAAGACGCAACCAUCGAGGAAGUCAUUGGUUUCGCGUUAUGGACGUACUGGGAAGAGCGAUGGAUGCCUGAGCUGAAUGACGGUGUGAAGGACGAUGACCCGAAGCUCUCUGCGAUAGGUUGGAUCAUGCGCAUUGCGGAGGAUGAUGGUGAGGUCGAUGAGGAUUUCCCGCCACCCGACCGCACAGGCAAAAUCUCAAAGUUCGGAUUUGAAGCGUUCGCUAUGCUAGCUGCUACUCCACUUCAAAUACAACAAAAUGAACAACUGGAGAGCAAGAUACAGCGACGUCCUUCGAGAGUUAUGGCAGCACCAAAGAAACAGGAUUCAGGACCACCAGGCGGGUUGACGUUGCCAUCCGUCUCCGGCGCUGCAAGUACCAUGUUCGGUACAACUCCAAUUUUAUCAUCUUCUCUGGGUCCUUCGUCAAGCCAUGGGCCUCAGCUAUUCUUGCGUAUUCGUGUUGCAGACACCGCUGAUGCAGUCCACAUAUCGACCACCAUUCCCGUGUCGGCCGGUAUGUAUAUGCAGGAGGUACUUGAAUUAGUUUGCCGGAAGCGCAAACUGGCAAACCUCAAGGACUACGCUCUGAUCGUCAACGAACUCAACAUGCUGGCGUACCUCGACCGCACAGUUGCUAGUCUCGGCGGUAGGCGCGAGCUGACGCUGGUCAAGAGAUCCACGCUGCCUCAACUGGGGAUUGAGCCCGAAAGCAGAUCAGCACGCACCACGGACCCGAAUGCUUCUAUUUCGAAACGGAUGUCAGAUGUCCCAGAGAUGCAGUUAAGCGCUGCAGCUGACUACGCAACGGCAUACAAGAAAUAUACCAUUUACCGCAAAAUGCCUAUGCUAGCUCGUCAGGAACGCACUUUGGCUAUCGAUGGUGUUUAUAUCCAUAUCAUGCCAUCCACAAACAGGGCCAAAGCGGUCUUUGAUAGUGGAAAGACGGUGUCAUUUCAUAUCAAGAGCAUCAUCCAAUGCCAACAGUCCGCGAAAUCGUCAACGCUAUUCAAGAUCAUCGUGCAACGGGACAGCGGGAGCAAGCGCUACGACUUCGAGGCGGAUACGCCGAAGCUUGCAGGUGAGAUUGUGCAGACCAUACGGAUGCUGAAAUCCCACUUGGAGCGUUCCAGCACUGUCAACCGCUCGCGCCGCAGCAGACAAGUGGUAUAAAUAAUUCUCGUUUUGUAUCGCUGUUUUAUCGUCAUUGUAAUGCAGAAGGAACGACUGCUCCUUUGUUUAUGGUCUGCCUAUGGAAGAC